AUGACGGCAGUAGAACGCCAUGACCGAGCUUUUGCGACUUCAAAGAAUAUUCAACGCGAGUAUCGAGCCUUGGGUAUCUCGAAGACAGGAGCAAAUGCAGGAUUUGGCUAUGCACUGACCAAACAAGAGGAAUACGCUCGAGGAACUAUGAGUAAUAAACCAAUUUCUCCUGGAGGAGAGUCCUUUGUGAUAGUAGACAACGAGGAAAAGAAAGAGGAGCAGAAUUAUCAGCAGAAAUUGCUAGAGAAUGAAGUGGAACAAUAA